AUGCGCUGGUUAACAUCCUUUGCGGGCUACCUGGCCCCCAUCUUCCUCAUCAUGUCGCCAGUUCUCUCCUAUAGCGACCAAGCCUUGUCGAUGCACAAGAACAAGUCCAGCGCCGGCUUCUCUCUCGAUAUCCCGCUGAUUAUGCUGGUAGCCUCUCUGCUGAAGUACGUGGAGCACAUCUGCCCCGUCUUUUCCGACGCCCUGCUCAUGAUUGUGAUGCAAGUCAUCUUGCUCAAGAUUGCGCUGGACCACCGCUUGCCACCAUCGGCCAAGGGUGGAGAGGCUGCGACGCCGUUCGCCAACGUCAACGACGGCCCCGUCUUUGGCGCACAGAGACCCUACCACUUCUGGCAGUGGAGGUCGCCCAAGCCGUAUUGGCAAUUCCUCCUCUACCUCUUCAUCGGCUUGACCGUCUGCGAACUGCUCCUCGCGCCCGUGCGACCCGUAUACCAAACCUACUCCAUGCUCAUCGGCUACGUUGGUCUCUCGGUCGAGGCGACGCUGCCCCUGCCUCAGAUCUUCUCCAAUUCGCGAUCCAAGUCUUGCAAGGGCUUCCGCUUCUCCGUGCUGGCAAGCUGGCUGAUUGGUGACGCCAUGAAGAUGUUCUGGUUCUUCACGUCGACGACGGAGAUCCCCUGGGCUUUCAAGCUGUGUGGAAUGUUCCAGGCCGGAUGCGACUCGUUCCUCGGUGUUCAGUAUCUCAUGUACGGAGAUGGCGAGAAGGGUGAGAUCAAGGAGCACCCCAUGUCCCAGUAUCCUCAGUACCCUAACGGGGUCUACAAGCCUCCUUUGCCCGAGCACGUCAGUGGCAGGUCCAGUCCAGCCGGCCGAAGAACCUCUAGCCCCUUUGGCAAGGAGUUACGAUAA